GCGGGCGGCUGUCGGGCAGCCUCCGGUGCAUCCCCGACCGACACCUCCCAGCCGGUGCGGGGGCGUCCCGCGGCCCCCGGAGCUACCGCUCUGCCCGGGGCUGGCGACGCCUUGUCCCCGCAGAGCCCCCGACCCCGUCCCUGCGCCGUGAGCCUGGGCUGCCCCCCCCCGGGCUGCGCUGGCUCCCACCCCGGCCGGCCCAGCAGCCCAGGGGUUAAGGGGGCGAGGAGGUUCGGGCUCCUUCCCUCGCAGCUUUGGGCAGAGCGCAGUCCCGGGAGCCUCGGAGGGGACGGGACGGAGAGGGCGGAAGCCCUGCUGCCCCUGCUCCCUGCCGCCGAGCCUGGAAGGGCCAGGCCGGUGCUCAGGAGGAAGCUUGGGAGUCCUGGCCCGCAGCCCAUGCCCACUCCCAUGCUGCCCAUCCCCAAUGGUGCAAUCCUGAGCUGCUGGUUCUACCUGCUGCUGCAGUGGCACUGGGUAUUAGUGCUCUUGCAAGGCCAGGGAGCGGGUGGUGGCAGCUCAUCCCAGGGGCUGUUGCCAACCUGAGCUUCAUGGUUGUUUAAUACUUCACCCAUUAACUUGGACUAAUAAACCUCGUGUGAGUGAGAGGCUAAAAGCCGUUGCAGCCGGGCAGUGCCUCCUCUGUGAGCACCGUUCCCACCGCCUCACCAUGGCCGCUGGCUUCUUCAUCAGCAAGAGCAUGGGCAUCGUGGCCAUUGUCCUGGCCGUGGGCGCCGUGGCCACCAUCAUCGCGCUCUCGGUGGUGUACACCCAGGAGAAGAACAAGAACAUGAAUGCUAACACUGCCGACACCACCACCACUGCGGCCACCGCCACCGCGGCCACCGCCAGCACCUCAGCCAACCCCAACGACCCCUGGAACCGGUGGAGGCUGCCGACGGCGCUGAGGCCAGAGCUGUACGAGGUGACCCUGCGUCCCUUCCUGACGCCCCAGGACAACGCCAUGUACAUCUUCAAGGGCAACAGCAGCGUGGUUUUCGUCUGCGUGGAAGCCACCGACCUCAUCAUCAUCCACAGCAAAAAGCUGAACUACACGCUGCAGAACAACUUCCUGGCCUCGCUGGAGGCUGUGAGCGGCUCCAGCGUGCCCCGCAUCACCGAGACCUGGCUGGAGACCACCACCCAGUACCUGGUGGUGCGGCUGGACAGUGAGCUGCAGCAGGGACAGAGCUACCGGCUCUUCACCGAGUUCACCGGGGAACUGGCCGACGACCUGGCUGGCUUCUACCGCAGCGAGUACCAGGAUAGCUCAGGCGUGAAUAGGGUGGUGGCCACCACGCAGAUGCAGGCAGCUGAUGCACGGAAAGCCUUCCCCUGCUUUGAUGAGCCGGCCAUGAAAGCCAACUUCUCGGUGACGCUCAUCUAUCCCUCCGACCACGGGGCCAUUUCCAACAUGCUCCCCAAGGACACUUGGGAGCAGGUAAUCGACGGGGAGGCCUGGAAAGUCACUCAGUUUGAGACCACCCCUAAAAUGUCCACCUACCUGCUGGCCUUCAUCGUCAGCCAGUUCUCCCAAGUGAAUGAAACCGCAAACAAUGUGCUGAUCCGCAUCUGGGGCCGCCCUGAGGCCAUUAGCGAGGGCCAGGGUGACUACGCGCUGCAGGUGACUGGCCCCAUCCUCAACUUCUUCGAGAAUCACUACAACACUCCGUACCCGCUGAAGAAAUCCGACCAGGUCGGCCUCCCUGACUUCAAUGCGGGGGCGAUGGAGAACUGGGGACUCGUGACCUACCGGGAGAACUCGCUGCUGUUCGACAACGUCUACUCCUCCAUCAGCAACAAGGAGCGGGUGGUGACUGUCAUUGGUCACGAACUGGCACACCAGUGGUUCGGGAACCUGGUGACGCUGCGGUGGUGGAACGACCUGUGGCUCAACGAGGGAUUCGCCUCCUACGUGGAGUACCUGGGUGCAGACUCAGCAGAGCCCACCUGGAACAUCAAAGACCUGAUGGUGCUGAACGAGGUGUACACGGUGAUGGCGACGGAUGCCCUCACCACCUCACACCCGCUCUCCUUCAGCGAGGAUGAGAUCAACACCCCGGCCCAGAUCAGUGAGGUCUUUGACACCAUCGCCUACAGCAAGGGAGCAUCGGUGCUGCGGAUGCUCUCCGACUUCCUCAGCGAGGACGUGUUCAAGCAGGGGCUACAGUCCUACCUCCACACCUUUGCGUAUGGAAACACCAUCUACUCGGACCUUUGGGUUCAUUUGCAAGAGGCUGUCAACAACAACAGCGUGGAGCUGCCCGGCUCUAUCAGCACCAUCAUGGACCGCUGGACGCUGCAGAUGGGCUUCCCCGUGGUGACCGUCAACACCCUCACCGGCCUUGUCAACCAGACCCAUUUCCUGAUGGACCCCAACUCCGUGGUGGACAGACCCUCUGUCUUCAACUACAUCUGGAUCGUCCCCAUCACCUGGAUGACUCCCGGGCAAACUGGGAGCAGGUACUGGCUGACUGACAUCUCAGCAAUCAAUGAGCAGUUCAAGGUGGCUGAGAACAGCUGGCUCCUGCUGAACCUCAACGUCAGCGGCUACUUCCGUGUCAACUACAACCAAGAGAACUGGGACCAGCUCCUCAACCAGCUCUCCACAAACCACCAGGUCAUCCCCGUGAUCAACCGUGCCCAGAUCAUCGAUGACGCCUUCAACCUGGCCAGGGCCAAGUACAUCGAUGUGACUGUGGCCUUGAACACCACACGGUUCCUGAGCAGCGAGACGGAGUACAUGCCCUGGAAGGCUGCUCUCAACAACCUCCAGUACUUACAACUGAUGUUUGACCGCAGCGAGGUCUUUGGGGCGAUGACGAAAUACAUACAGAAACAGGUGACGCCUCUCUUCAACUACUACAAGGAAACCACCAAUAACUGGACCAACAUCCCCGAUGGCCUGAUGGAACAGUACAACGAGAUCAAUGCCAUCAACACAGCGUGCUCCUACGGCAUCGCUGAGUGCCAGGAGCUGGCCAACAGCUACUCACGCCAGUGGAUGAGUAACGCCAGCAACAACCCCAUCCCCGCCAACCUGCGCUCCUCCAUCUACUGCACCAUUGUGGCCCUGGGUGGGGAGGAGGCCUGGGACUUCAUCUGGGAGAGGUUCAAAGAGGCCACUGUCGUGUCCGAGGCCGACAAGCUCCGCACGGCCCUCACCUGCAGCACCAUUCCCUGGAUCCUCAACCGGUACCUGCAGUACACCAUCGACCCCAGCAAGAUCCGGAAGCAGGACGCCACCUCCACCAUCAACAGCAUCGCCAGCAACGUGGUGGGGCAGCCCUUGGCCUGGGACUUCAUCCGCAGCAAUUGGAGGAUGCUCUUUGCAGAUUACGGAGGUGGCUCCUUCUCCUUCUCCAGUCUGAUUUCGGCAGUGACUCGGCGGUUUUCCACUGAAUUUGAGCUGCAGCAGCUGGAGCGGUUCAAGGAAGACAAUCAGGACAUCGGCUUUGGGUCAGGGACACGGGCGCUGGAGCAGGCGCUGGAGAAGACCAGCACCAACAUCAACUGGGUGAAUGAGAACAAAGAGAAGGUGCUGGCCUGGUUCCAGGAUGCAGCUGGCAGCUAACCCGGCAGCACAGCCACCAUGCACCCUCCCGGGGCCCGGCACGGCGCCGGCUGCUGCGAGGGCUGAGCCCAAAGCUCCCCGAGCCCCCUGCCCCGCUGCCAGGCCCGACCCUUGCCCACUCCCCAGCUCCACUCACUCCAUCCUCUCCAUCUCCCAGCCCCAAACUCUCCAUCCCGGCAGCCCCUGACUCCCCCCGAGACCGCCCCAGUGGGUCCUUUGCUGCCCAUGAGGGGCACGGGCUGCUGCCGGUGAGCAAGGCCUGAUGCCUGGAUGAUGGGCAGUGGUGGGGGGACUGGGUGCUCCGGGCUGGGGGGGGGCCCUGCUGCCAUCAGCUGUUGGGACGGCGCUGGGCGCUGCAGGCUGGUGCAGGGCCUGGGGAUGUAAAUAAAGUCUUGCAUCGCUG